CUAAAAUGUGGAAGUCAUCAGUGGUGUCUGCUUCGGAUCGUAUUUUUCCAGGACUAGCCUGUCACGAUAGAAAGAAAGAGUUUUUCGAUAUACAAAACAGGGUGCAGUCGAGUCUGCCUCUUCAGAUAGUUUUAUUUUUAAAUGUUUAUUACUUUCCCGUAUGGGUAUUAUUCUUGAUUUAUUACUUGGAUGCAAAGUACUACGAGUUGUCAGAAUUUUACAAAUUCGUCUCGGUGGCAGUGUCGCUGACGGUGGUGUGCCUGGAAUGCACAAGACUCUACUUGGGCUACCUCGGCAAUCUCGGUGAAAGAAUACCAGAGUUGGCCAGUUUUUGGUUGAUAUCCACGCUACUCCAGCUUCCCCUGGAAUUGUUCCUGGUCUUCGAUCGUAACUCGACUUAUCUGCCGAACGAGCGAAUCGCCAACAGCGUCGCUUUGGCGUUUCUCGCCGUGGAAAUCGUCACGGGCACCAUCGUCCUGAAGAUAUCGGCCGAUCAUCACGCCAAACGUUUCUACAUGGCUCAGCUCUACGGCAUCGAGGACACAAUAAAAUAAUUUCAUUUACCAAAAAUCGAAAAAAUCUGGCCUCGCUUUUAUUCGUUCACCACAAAAUCCAGUGUUACAAACAAAGUCACUUUAUAAAUAUCGAACUUUUAUAAACGAAGUACAAC